AUGCAGUUUACAAUUGACCGUCGUUUCACCCCGGCCGUUCGAUCAGAUUUGUCGACCGUUCAAUACCCCACCGUUAUUAACGAGCACCACGGUGUAGAAGAAGACGUCAUAACAUCCACACAUUUUAAAAUUGACAUUCCUCACGGCAUUAACCUUCCGUCCGACGAUCCCCUCCCCGAUCGAGGUACCUUCGAUUUACCCGGUGAUGACGAUGACAAUGUUGAAAUGGCGGGUAGCUUUGGUAGGUUUGGGGAGGCACAACGGGAGGAUAAUGGUGUCCACUCUGAAGCAGGUGGAUCAGGGGCUCUCGUGGAGCCACAAUCUGCUUCCCGGCAGGUUGUCAAUUAG